AUGGCGUCCAUCAUGGAGGGGCCGCUGAGCAAAUGGACUAACGUAAUGAAGGGAUGGCAGUAUCGCUGGUUCGUGCUGGACUAUAACGCCGGGUUGCUUUCAUACUACACCUCUAAAGACAAGAUGAUGCGUGGCUCCAGAAGAGGCUGUGUGCGACUUCGGGGAGCUGUGAUUGGAAUCGAUGACGAGGACGACAGCACUUUCACCAUUACUGUGGACCAGAAGACUUUCCAUUUUCAGGCCCGUGAUGCAGAUGAGCGGGAGAAGUGGAUUCAUGCUUUAGAGGGGACGAUUCUCCGCCACACCCUUCAGCAGGAGGCAGAAACCGGAUUCGUUCCCAGCGUUCAGGACUUCGACAAGAAGCUAGCGGAGGCGGAUGCGUAUUUGCAGAUUUUGAUCGACCAGUUAAAACUCUUUGAUGAAAAGAUAAAAGACUGCAAGGAAGAUGAGUCAAGGAGGAAAAUCGAGAACCUGAAGGAUACCACUUGUAGUAUGGUAGAGUCCAUCAAACACUGUAUCGUACUACUACAGAUUGCCAAGGACCAAAGUAACGAACAGCAACACGCAAACGGACUGAUAAGCACCAUAAACCCAGUGGAUGGAGUUUUCCAACCUACCCCUCUCAACGCCUCUGUAAUCAGUGCCAGUGCCAUGCCAACGCAGACCACUCUCCCAACAGAUGGAGCUCAGGUGUGUAAAACCGAACAGAGGCCUUCUUCUUUAUCCGUGGGCCCUGUUGUCACGGUGAUGGGCAGCCUUCAGACACCCACUCCCAACAGCACAGAGAGUGGUCUCUCAGGUCCUAGCAGUAGCGGAACGUCGCCCAGCCACACGAACAUACUGCCCCGCUCGGUUCCUGACUUCUCCUAUUCCAGCAGCGAAGAUGAGUUUUACGACGCCGAUGAGUUUUAUCAGAGCAGCAUCUCACCAAAACACUGCAUAGACCCGAACAGAACUGCUGCUGUGAACAGUGAAGACAGUACAGCACUAAAACGACCAGACACCAACGAGUCCAUCAACUCCUCAAUGUCCAAUGGCACCACUGAUGCAGAUCAAUUUGACAGUCAUGAUGAGAAGGAUGACGAGGGAGAGGGUGAAUCUGUGGAAGAACACAAGAGUGUCAUAAUGCAUCUGCUAUCUCAAGUGCGAUUGGGCAUGGAUCUCACCAAGGUUGUCUUGCCGACAUUUAUCUUGGAGCGGAGGUCAUUGCUGGAAAUGUAUGCAGACUUCUUUGCCCACCCAGAUUUGUUUGUAAGUAUUGCUGAUCAGCAGGAUCCAAAGGACCGCAUGGUGCAGGUGGUAAAGUGGUACCUAUCAGCCUUUCACGCUGGUCGGAAAGGAUCUGUGGCAAAGAAGCCCUACAACCCCAUUCUGGGCGAGGUGUUCUUCUGUCACUGGGACCUGCCCUCUGAAACAGAGGAUUCUGCUUCUUCUGAGUCUUUAUCAGAUGGUCCCGUGCCGUGGAGUAGCAAGAACAAUGUAUCAUUUGUGGCAGAGCAGGUUUCUCAUCACCCUCCCAUAUCUGCAUUUUAUGCAGAAUGUUUCAGCAAAAAAAUCCAGUUCAACGCCCACAUCUGGACUAAAUCGAAGUUCCUUGGAAUGUCAAUUGGUGUCCAUAAUAUUGGUCAAGGUUGCGUGUCUUGUCUUGAACAUGAUGAGCACUACAUUCUUACUUUUCCCAAUGGCUAUGGGAGGUCAAUCCUCACUGUUCCAUGGGUGGAGCUUGGUGGGGAGUGCAAUAUUUCCUGUUCCAAAUCUGGCUAUAGUGCCAAUAUAGUUUUCCACACCAAACCUUUCUACGGAGGAAAGAAGCACAGGAUAACUGCUGAGAUAUUUGCCCCCAAUGAUAAGAAGUCAUUCUGCUCCAUUGAGGGAGAGUGGAAUGGAGAGAUGUAUACAAAAUUGGCUACCGGGGAAAAUGCACUGUUCGUUGACACAAAGAAAAUGGGCAUCGUUAAGAAGAAAGUGCGGAAAUUGGAGGAUCAGUUGGAGUAUGAAUCCAGAUGUCUGUGGAAGGACGUGACGCUUAACCUGAAACUGAAGGACAUCGAUGCAGCGACAGAUGCCAAACACAGGCUGGAAGAGAGACAGAGGGCGGAGGCCAGAGAGAGGAAGGAGAAAGAAGUGCAAUGGGAGACGAGACUAUUUCACGAGGAUGGUGAGUGCUGGGUCUACGAUGAGCCUCUUCUGAAACGACUAGCAUCACAACGACACUGAAGCAGUUUCCAAAAUCACAGAGUCUUGAAAAAGAACUCUUGCAAACUACUUCUCUUAUUCAGCCUUGGAAUGACUAAUUAAUGAACCCUUACAGCUUUGCAUUUUGAAGUUUGAAUGAAUGACAACAAGAAAAUAUGAACUUAAUCAAUACAAAUAAAGUCAAAUCUCCCUGCUCACUAGAUCAACACCUCCACCUCUCUACUACCCCUCGAGGAAUAAAAAAACACCACAAAAACACAGAUGUGAUCAGAAGCGCUUUAGCAACAAAACAAACAAUCGCACUCGUCUCGGCAGAGAAGAAUGAUCUCAGAGGACGUUUCUCUCUCUCCAACAACUGAUGGGUCGAGGUGAUUUUAUCGUCAAAAAAACUCUGAAAACUACAACCUUCUGUAUCUCAGGGAAGCAGAGAACUGAGGAUUGAAGGCUGUAUCUCCUGAUGUUCGACAAGCCUUAACGAUGGAACCACAGAAUAAAUAUAAAAUGAGAACUUGGUUCACAUACUGCUAGCUACAGCUAUUUCUAUAUAAAAGAUAUGAUACUGUAUAUUCUUGUUUUCCUCUUUCUCUAGGGCAAUAGUAACUGUUUGCAAACACAUACUUGAUGGCAACCAUUUCCUUUAUGUUCCACUCCAUAAUCACAUGUUUCAUUCAAGAUAUCCCACAUAGGGGGAACAAGGUUGAACCCUAACAAUAAAAUGUAUCAUUUAAUUUAUGGGGCUGAAAAAUUUGAGACAACUUGUUGCCAUUGCUAAAGUCCAUUCCAGUGUUUGUUUGUUUUUUUUAUUUUUUUGGAAUUAUUUGAUAUCUUGCUCUCUAGAGCCUCGGGGAGGCUGUUUUUAUAUAAUGCUUCUUGUUAUAUCUAUAUUAUAAUUUAUCAACUUGGUAUAAAGUUGGACUGUCCAGUAGGAAAUCGUAAUGUGCACAAUAAACCAUUCAACAAAUCUCUGCUCAUCCUGAUGAGUCUAAGUUGUGUUAUCACAAAUCACUCUGCAAUAUGUCUUUCUGUGAAAUGUCACAUUUUAAUCCAAAUAAAUAUUUUUCAAAUAGACAUACUGCAGAGAUUGGAUUCUCUUUACCAUCCUUCCAUGUGAAAUUCCUUCCAAAUUCAUCAUGGUACAAAUCAGUGGUAUUUUAAAGUUCCUAAACUGCUUUGGAUGGUAAUGUAAUAGAGUAGUAGUUGCACUACUGGCUUGUAGUAGCUGUGUUUACACAUAAUAGCUUUGGAAGCAAAGUCAAAGUGUAUUAUCCUUGUAUUCUGAGAUGUGUUUAGAGUCAAAUUUGCCAUACAUACUGUUAUGUCUUUGGUCUACAAAUAAAUGAGAAAUUGAGGCUUUGCCGUAUGCAGUGAAGUUCAACUUAGCUUAGCGUUGCUUUGCAAGAGCAAUCCCUGACAACAAUUGAUCGUACCAGAUUUCCAUGUAUCAAAAAUAUAAUAUUACAUUUCAGUGAGACCAAAUUGUAUGAGAAGGUUGAAUGCAUUUUUUUUUUACUGACAUUCCAGAUUUUAAAAUCGAAUCAUGCUGUAGUUGAUCACUUCCUAAUAAAUUG